UUGAGUCUAAAAUAGUAAAGUGUUCUUACUCGUUAUUACUUUUCAUAUGUCUGGGUUAAUGUUGUUACAUACUAAGGAGUGUUUUUAAAUCGAAACUACGAUACUCGAAUCGUGAAUCAACGCCAAACAUUCAAUUCAUAGUCAAUAUUUUACAUCGUUACGACCUUAUUCCUUACAUAUUUCCGAAUUUAUAUUUCUCUCGUUGAAACGUAGUUACGUAUUCUACUCGAUUUUUUACCCGCGUUUUACAUCGAUUGCUUCCGAUCCGACGGAUCGAUCGUCGUGACAUAGAACGAACACGAUCGAUAUUGGAAAACAGCUAACUACUUACGAGCGUAAAGGUAGUACUUUCAAAGCAUCGAAAUUUGGCUGAAAGCUACGAAAAGCGUUUGCCGUUGACACAACGGAAAUCCAUAAUCGAUAUCGACGAUGUUUAAAUGUUGUGUGUGCAACAAGAGUGCAAAGAAGGAGAAGACGAACGGGGAUGUGGCAAAGCAAAGUCAGAAAACGAUGGCCUCGCAGAUAGUUUCAGUCAACUCGACGAAAAUCGAAGAAGACGGACCGAUUGGACGAGAGGAGAAGUUGAACGGUGACGUGCAGAGAUUGGAGAAAGUUUCGCCAUCUAUGGAGAAUUGUUCUGCGGAAGUAGUCGACGACUUAACUGUCAAGAGUCCGUUACCUUCCGGUAAGCGCGAUGAAAUCGACGAUGGUUCUCGACCGAGGAAAGAAUCGAUAGUGGAAUCGAACAAGGAAAAUGGCGAUGAUGCUGCAAAUUCGAUCGAUCAAACGAAGAAGAAUAAGAAAGAUGAAGAGAAUGGAAUUAAAGAUGCGAGUGGAAAUGUAGAAGUAAAUGGGUGUGAUAAUCUGAGUGGGAUUGGCGAUGGGGGUGUGUUUGUAGAGGCGAUAUUGCAUUCCGGUGUUCCUAGCAUUGUCAAAACAAAUCUUUACGACUCAUCCGCCGCGUACAUCGAGAGAACGAUCGAUGAUGGACCUGAAGAAGAAGGCGACGAUUCCGUUUUCGAAGCAUGUCCGAACGACAACAAUGCUAUUAAAAAGACGACACCAGUUUCGUCAGUUCCUCGUUGGCUAUCGGAGGAGGACGACGGCGAUCAUGAUUCGGAAGAAUGCAGCGGAAUGCAAGAACCACCAGCGACACCGGUCGCCCGCGACGAACUAGCUUUAAGGCGACACAGAUUCUUCUCCGAUUUAUUGCACGCCGCACAAACUACGACGGAGCACAGAGUGAGGUUUGACCCACUAGGACCGAUGGUACACGCCGGCUGUGAAGCUAGUGAUAAGGAAGAUCACUUAGAAGAACUGGUAAAUCGAUUGGAAAGUGUUACCAAACGACUGGAAAAAGUACAGACUCAUACUGUAACUGAAACUCAAGAUUCUGCUGUUCAAACAAGUACACCGUCACCAAAAAAGGCUCAAUCAAUUGGCAAUAGUGUGUCGAUACAGUCUGCCUCACCAACUCGAUUGCUACAUAAGCCAGCAGUGGACAAAUCUGUCAGCAUGUCAGUCGCAGGCUAUGAAGAUCUUUUGGCUGGUCCUGUAAAAGAGUACUUGCAGUUGAGUCAGAAAAUUGGCGGCGAUGUUGCCACCCACAGCAAACUCGUAGAAAAGGCAUUCCAAAUUCAACUGGAGUUCAUUCGGACUGCGGCAAAUCGAUCGGCUCCGGUAAAUCAAUCUGAACAAAUUUCUCUACUUGGACCUACAUCUUCACAAAUUCAACAAAUUCAAGAUUUUCGCGAGAAAAACAGAGGAUCUCAAUUUUUCAAUCAUUUAUCUGCAAUUAGUGAAAGUAUUCCAGCUUUAGGAUGGGUUGCUGUAUCACCUACACCAGCACCUUACGUGAAAGAGAUGAAUGAUGCUGGCCAAUUCUAUUCUAAUCGUGUAUUAAAGGAUUGGAAGGAAAAAGAUAAAGUACAUGCCGAAUGGUGCAAAGCUUGGAUUCAAACGCUAAGCGAUCUUCAACAAUAUGUACGUCAACAUCACACAACAGGACUGGUAUGGGCAAAAACUGGCUCUGCUCCAGCAGGCAUACCACCACCUCCACCACCAUGUAUGCCUAUGGGAGAUGUGGCACCAGUCAGUAUUGCCGAUGACAGAAGUGCUCUUUUCGCCGAAAUAAAUCAAGGAGAAGCUAUUACAAAGAAUUUAAAGAAAGUCACUUCCGAUAUGCAAACACAUAAGAACCCUUCAUUGAGGACUGGUCCAGCACCAUUUAAAGCACCAGCAGUCGAAAAUGCUAUACCAUCAAAAUCCGUGCCACUUCCGAGUGCACCGAUUGAGAAACCACCUGUAUUUACUAAAGAUGGAAAGAAAUGGCUUAUAGAAUACCAAAGAGGAAAUAAAGACUUGCUCAUCGAUAACGUAGAGAUGAAUAACGUGAUCUAUAUGUUCCGAUGUCAAGAUAGCACCCUGAUCGUCAAUGGCAAAGUUAACACUAUUGUCAUGGAUUCGUGUCGUAAAUCGUCAAUCGUUUUUGAUUCUGUGGUAUCGAGCAUCGAAUUCGUCAACUGUCAGAGCGUACAAAUGCAGGUACGUGAAAAGGUACCUACUAUCUCCAUUGACAAGACAGAUGGCUGUCAGAUGUAUUUGAACUCGGAAUCAGUGGACGUAGAACUUUUCAGCAGCAAGUCUAGCGAAUUAAACUUCAUGGUACCAGAAUCAGGGAGUUAUCGCGAGUACGCUGUACCGGAGCAAUUCAAGACGACUAUUACUCCACUAGGUCCUAAAACCGUUGCGAUCAAUUCAGUGGAUUAAAACGCCAAUAAUUCAACUACUCAUAGCCUAAAGUUAACGUCUGUCUAAGAGUACGGCUCAUUAGAGGUAUCAUCUUCAGAGAAUUCGUCGAUUUAUUAUUUAUUGCUUCUUCAAUUAAUUUAAGAAUUCGGGAGAAAGGCGAAGAAGUAGAAGAGAGUAGUUUCAUCCGCGCGCAUAGAUCUGCGAUUCUGUGUCGUAUUCAGAGAAUCGUGGAAUCGAAUUAGAUAAAUCGAUUAAACAACAUUGCAACGUUACAGCCCUAUCUCUUUCAAUGUAUUUGCGCAUUUCGUGGGGAUCAUCGAUUCUAUGCAGAUCGAAAUUGGAGUCAAGUGAGAAAGGAUGCUUGAUCAUACGAGUCUUGUCAAAUUUAUGUAUGCUGGUAUUCGAUAAUCUGCGGCUCAAUAUUUUGUAAUAUAGCACCGAUUAGGUUAGUGAUUCGUUAAGCAGGUGUUCAUAUAACGGAAUCGACAUUCUUCACGAAAAAUUAUUUCGCACGUUGGUGCUGAGAUUAGGGGGCUGUAGGUUGUAUUAAGAAUAGGUAUGGACAAAAGUUUUACUACCCUCGAAUCGCACUUUUAUACAUUUACACCAUUUUCUAUUGUGAUCGAACUUUUGCCCAAACCCGGUCGCUUCAAGAUUUCAAUCAACUCGCCAAGGAAUUGCCACUCGAUCGUUUUCGUGGAAGAAAGGAGAGCGAGUAUCGCACGUACACAUUUGAGAGUAUAGAAUCGAGAAACAUUCAUGAGCCAUUUAUAAAGUGUUAGGGACGUCAUAUCAAUAGGUCGAUAUAUUACCUCUAGACUUUUGCAGCAAAUAACUCUCUUCAUUGUGACUCUUCAUCAGUUUCAACGCAUGGAAUUACCUUGGUUCGGGACAAAUUUCUUCAUGAAUUGUAUAUGUUGUAUUCUUAAUUCUCUUUGACGAUUUUAAAGCUUAAGUAAUUCAGUUCACGUGUCUUCCGAAUCUAUGAACGUUCGUGAUUUGUAAAUAGGAUUGAAUACUAAAUUUGUUUUAUGUAUAGCAUUCGACUCAUCGUGAAUUUGAGAAUUUUAAUAACUCUUGGCGCGGUCGUUGAGUGUUGAGUGUAAAUUGAAACGAUCAAAAUGGUUGUGCAAAAGUCUUGAUGGUACCAGCGGUGAAGAGGAAAUACCUUGAACAAUAAAAAAAUUGUGAACUCAAUAUUGAACUUCAAAUGCGUGCUGUUUGAACGUGACGUAAAUUACAUUGUGAUUUUUACCAUUUGGUAUAUUGUGCUAAUCGUAGGUAUAAUCUAAUAUUAGAGCUACUUAACUGAGGCACGAUUUAGAAUAACAAGAUCGUUUAAGGUAACAAUGGAGCCAGCAGUUCGAUCCUUUUUACCGAAGAGACUUAAGCAGAUUCGAACGAUGCGAUUUUUCUAUCGUUUCUAUGGUACUAAAUGUGUUUAAUUACGGAGCGACGAUUAUUUGACUGAGGAUCGUACUGUCUUUAACACAGUAAUCUUUAACAGCUUUCAUUUUAAUAUCGAUAGAGUAUUAUAUCGAAAGUAAUCAAUAUUUAUUUCCGAAUAUGAUUUUCAGUGCUAUUUCUAAUUGUCCUAAUAAAAGGUAAUGAUAUACCA